CGUGUGACGCCAUCGUCAAAGGCUUCGCCUCCAGUUCUCAACUUCAGCAUACUCCGUUCGGAAGCAAGCUCGGUUAGGGAUUCGAUCCAAUCGGUGGAUUUCCUUGUUAGAUUUUCUUCUUCCUAUGAAAUUCAUCGUUCCAGGGCUUUGCCAGUUUCAAUCUCCAUUAACAAGUUUUCCCGGAGAAAGAAGAGAAUCGAGAACAAUCCAAAAUGGGUUUGAAUCACCUUCCCAUUGACACUGCGCUGAAAAUUGCUUCUUCCCUUCAGGCAUCGGACAUUUGUUCGUUGGGCUGUUGUUCGCGGUUUUGCAGGCAACUCUGCGAUUCCGAUUACCUGUGGGAAUCUCUGGCAAGGGAAAGAUGGCCUUAUAUCAAUGGUUCUUCUCCGUCAACACUUGCACAAUCCCCCAUCUCCAUGGGUUGGAAAAGCUUGUACAUCCAGAGACAUAUUGAGAUAUUGGGAAGAGCCCAAGCAGCGGUGAAGUUUAUAGAACAAUGCUCUCCUUCUACCCCGAUUGAGGGCGGAGACUAUCUCAGGACAAUUGGUGGCUUGUGGGAUUUGAAGCUUAGUUUUAUAGAUGCUCAAAUGGUGCUUUUCAAACCUCAACUUAAUGAGCUGCUGAACUUGGUUGGCUUACACUACUGUAGAAAUUGGCUUCAAGUCCCUGCCAAUCAAGUCAUGGAAGCACUUCAAAGAUGCAAGGUAGCAGAGAGGUAUAUAUGUGUAAAAUGGUGGAAGCUGGGAAGAUGGUUUUAUGGAUUCCGUAUGAGAGACGAACAACAAACCCGUCGAGUCUCUCUGGCAGAACUCGUAACGGAAGAAGGGGAAGAUGUUCUUGGGGUGCUUAGCCGAGGUGCCGUUCACGAGGUGCUCCGAGUUCAGGUUUCUGCAGGUGAUCCCUUUGCCAGUCACUGGUCUUAACAAAGCACAUAAAAACACCCUUAGCAUCUCCCACGUAAGCAUUCUGCAACUGCAAUGAUCUAUAUGCUAUUAGUUUUUUCGUCAUGUAUUUCAAAUAAUUGCUUGUAGAUUAUUCACGCAGAUAUCAAAAUGUAAAUAUUUGUUGCCCAUUCAGAUUUAUUUUUACUAAGUUGUAGUUCACCAACAUAUGCUCAUCAAAAUUGGUGUAUUUUGUAAAUUACUAAGAGCUUUUGGCUCAAAGUAUUGGGUUUCUGACAAUCUUAUUUUUUAGGCUUACUAUUUCUAGGUAA